AUGGCUUACUUCUUGCCCUCGUUCUUUCAGAAGCGGUUGCUCAGAUAUGCCUUGUCCCGCCUGGAGCUUGUCGAUACGGACGCACUAGAUCUUGACAGCCUAGGUAUCCGCUGGGGACAACGUAGUACCGUUGAACUGCGGGAUAUAGGUUUGAGGCUCGAGAAAUUAGCCACACUCCUUCACCUCCCUCCGUCAAGCGAGCUUCUCAGUGCUCGUGUUCAAUUCCUAAAGCUCACGGUUCCUGCCGAUAUCUACAGCAGCAGUAUAAUAUGUGAAGCUAGCGGGAUCGAUGUGCAUUUAAGGCUACCGUUGGAGGAGACACGUGCUGAAACGCACGAUGCAACAACGGACCCGAAGGCCUCAGGGCGAGUUGGCUUUGGCUCUGGGGACGAACCAAUCCUCCCCAACCCGACCGAUCUCGCUGAGUCGUUCCUUCAGGCCGAGCCAAAAGAAGAAAAGGAAGAACUUCAGGCUGCUAUCUCCUCGCAGUCCCAGAUCCUCCAGCAUACAUCGACCUCGUCGAGCGAUGAUGAAGAGGAGCUCGGCCUGGGAAAUGAAACCGUAUCGUUACCCAGUUUUGUCGCUGCAUUCCUAAAGGGGGUCGUGGAUCGACUCCAGGUCCAAGUCGACGACAUCUCCAUACGCGUGGAUGUGGAGACCAAGCAAGAGGGCUCGUCAAAAAGGCAUCCGGAGGAAAAGCCAGACUUAAUAACGGGACUAUUAAGUGUGCGCCAGGUCAGCAUGGGUGCAGUGUCCACUCAUUCCGAAUCAAGUGAAGCCUCAUCGUCCGAGGGGAAACGAUUGGUUUCCCUAGCUGAUAUCAACCUUGCUUUGAUAUCUGAGCCAGUCGUUUUCUCCAACUAUUCUCGCUUCGCUGCUCCGGCCUCACCAUCUACUCCAGUACAUCCAAAGCCGAGCCAGCCUCCAAGUAGGGCCCAGUCGCCUUCUCCGGAGACCUCGUCAGAAUCGAGUUUAGCUCUAGCUAUGACAAGGUCUACCAUUUUCGAGCCACCGCAGGACCUUACUAUACCAGAGAUAGGAGAACAGAAUACGCCAAGAAUGGAAGGAUCCGUUUACACGUAUGACGGUCGUUUUUCUGAUGCUGAUACGGAAGAUGAGACUAGGAGUUAUGGCUCUCUUGGUGAUUCCCGACAGUUUGAAGAUGAUGAAAAGCUGCUGGACAACCCGGCUUACCUUGAUUCAGUUAUUGAUUAUCAGUUCCAUCAUGAUGAUCCUGGGCGCCUAGGUGAUUUGCAAACUAGAGGUGAUGAACUUUUCCCGAGGAGCGGGGAUACCCCUCGUCCACAAAGUCCAGAACAUACGACCGAACCAUCCGACCGAAACAGUCAUCCUGAGGGGGCCCUGAUAACCCUCGAUGACCGGCAUGAAUUGGAAGUUGCAAAACUCCCCAGCCGUCAACGUUAUCUAGAAGCUCCUGAGCCUAUAGCCGAACCCGGGUCGUCUGGAUUACCCCCAGAAGAGGACCUCCAUUUUGGAUAUACGCAACAAUUGCCUCUUGUCUGUGCACCGAGUUCCGAACACUACAGUUCAGGCUCAGCUUCUGAGUCUCUCAAAGAGGCUGAAUUAUCAGAGUCCAAGCUGUUCUCUAAUGAGGAAGCGCAAAGCAUGUAUAUGAGCGCGAUAAGCCAAGGCUCGACAUCACACAGUUUCAUGCCUAAUAUGCCUGGUGCUUGGGACUCGCCAGAGUCUACUUACGUGAGGGAUACAGCCUUCCAUGAAACACCUACAGCAAUGGAGCAGGACACCCAUGGCGAACAGGAUGAAGCAGUCACAACGCCUAAACUUACAGCCCGGGAAGAAAUGUACUUGUCACAAGCCCGUUCUAUCGAUAAUCUUCAGAAGACACAGACUGGAACGAGCGAUAGGGAAUCAAUUCACACCUCACCGGGAUUCAACAGAUUGACGGACGUGGUGAAGAGAUUCGUCAGUGUUGACAAAGUUCUCAUCUGGAUCCCUUCGGUUAACCGCGAAGACAAACCGCCAGGGGAUUCACAACCAACGCCUCACCAAGAGAUGCCAAGUGAUGGUCUUAAGGAUUCAACCGCAUACUUGCAGGACUCAGUGGUUGAUGAUGAUCUACUAGCUUCUAGAAUUCAUAACUUCCCGGAUCCUCGUAGUGGCACCAACGAUCCGUCUUCUCCGCAUGAAGGGGUUGAUCAUAAAGCUUCAAGCUCCCAGGAAAAAAUUGGAUAUGACGCUGGCGUCAGUAGGGAACAUGACGAGGUAACCGCCGAGAUUCAUUCUGCGGAGGUGCAAUUUGAUAUUGCUAUAGGCUGGCUUGUUUUCAAGAUCGGUCAGAGAAUCGUCGAUGCCUUCGGUCACAGCGACGGAGAAUCCCCGAAGAAACAUAGUCCAGAAAGCAAUGCACAAGCACAAGCACAAAAUUCUUUCGGCUUGAUCCUGAAUAAGUUCUCCGUCAAGUUUGUUGAGCAUGUUCCUGGGCAUGCAAACCCCUUCGGCGAAUCUCGACAGUACUCUCCAACAUUCUUCGGCUUAAUGCAUGAAGACAUCGUUUUGCAAACUACUGCUUCUGGCAUGAAAGCUCACUUCUCAUCGGUUAACGACCAAAUGAAACUCCGCCUAGAUAUAACCAAGUUCACGCUAGGAGUCGCCUCGGAAGACCUCAUUUCAUUCAACCAAGACCUUAAAAUGAGGGAAUCCAUGAGGGAUGUUUUAUCACCCACGCAUGGAGAUAUUUCCCUUUCCAUGAGCAAGUCAUUGGAAUCUGCAAGGAUUCACAUCACUACACUCCCUCUCCAUCUCAACCUCAAUAUACAACGCUUGGAAGAGGUUGUAGGAUGGAUUGGAGGUUUAAGCACAAUCUUAGAGCUAGGGAGCUCCAUUUCAUCUGCCUCGGGCACGAAGGCGCCAAAGAAGGAUCCACCGAAGCGACCGCGUGGAGUGCAUUUCGAAGCGCCGCCUUCGCCGGAGAAGCUCCCCCGAAAUACAUCUUUGCCAUGGAAAGUGAAUGCACGGGUUGGCGGGGUUGCACUCAAUGUUGUUGGAGAAUCCCAUUACCUCAAGCUGAGAACGACCGCGGUUAAAGUUGUUAGCAGAUUCGAAGGCGUGGGAGUCCAAAUCGACAAAGCUAAACUUAGUGGACCGUUACCGCUUGAUGAUUCUAAAGACGCGCCAGCCAAAAUUAAUCUGAGCAACAUCCGAGUUGAAUACCUAUUCGCUCCGAAAGAGGUAGACUUAGACCGUCUUCUUUCGUUGAUCACGCCGUCUAAGGACAAAUACGAUGAAGACGAUGACAUUAUGCUGGAUACGCUUUUUCGACAGCGACGACAAGGCUCUGUGCUUCGUACUACAAUCGCUGGGGCGAAUAUCACGAUUUCGCGCACCACUGACUUUGACUCACUGCCGCAGCUUGGGGACGAGUUAGGUAGGUUGUCAAAUGUUGCGAAAUACUUACCUGAAGACGACCGGCCGGGUCUCUUGACUUUAAAUCUGAUCCGAGAUUUUGAAGUCCAGCUCCCUUCACUUGUAGCCGCUCAAGUUGGAUCGGCGAUGGUCCUCAGAAACGGAACCGAAGAGCUUUUAGGAGAAGCGUUACCGUUGAGCGCCGAGCAAAGAUCAGGCCAAAUCCCGCACCCCAUGCUCAUGGCCCGCUUCAUUGCCGAUGAAAUGGAACCCACCAUCAAGGUCAAAAUGCAUAACCUACGUGCAGAGUACACCGUUCCAGCAGCGAUUGCCUUUCUCGGUCUUAAUGAAAGUUCGACAACCGGCGAUGUUGCUGCUAAUAUGGCACAGUCCCUAGGUAAUCUGGCGGAGCUACAGCCUUCAAAAGAUUCCAAGCCAGCAAUACAACCGGAAAGCCCUAAGGCUCCUGUACGACCCACUAGAUUGGCAUUGGCCCUGCGAGACUGCGUCAUUGGUCUCAACCCCCGUGGCUCAGAAGCAAAAGGCCUUGUUGUGCUCACAAACGCGAAUUUCUCGGGUGCCAUGGGCGACGAAGCGUCCUCAGAGGCCACGCUAGAUCUCCGCAAAGCAUCAAUCAUGAUUAUUGACGAUGCUCGAAAUAUGGGGAACACAGAUGAUCCGCAUCGAAGAAACUCAACUUCUCCACCGAGUAGCCAGGUCCAAUCCUUCAUUGACAUGGGCUUUGUUACCGUUUCAACAAUAUCAUCAGCAACGGCCAGCGUGAAACUACUACGCUCUAGUGAAGACGGAACACAGUCGCUAGAUGUGGAACUCAGGGAUGACUUGCUGAUUCUUGAAACAUGUGCCGAUUCAACACAAACUCUCAUCAGCAUAGUGAAUGGACUUCAGCCUCCUACUCCUCCAAGCGUGACAAAGAAGUAUCGGACUGAGGUUCUUCCACUUCAAGACAUGUUAGCGUCGUUUUCCGGUGAUGCCUUUGCUCUAGAUUCAAGGUCGGGUCCUGAAGGUUCCUCUGAGACAGCCGGCGAUUCCGCCGAAGACUUCCAGGAUAAGGAGGGCCAUAUUGAGGAUGAAGUCGAGUACGUAAGUGACUUUUAUCCAGCGAAGCCAACAUCUGGAGCAGGAUCUCUGCACGAGGCUAUGACGGCCUCAGGAUCAAACGAGCUUCUAGAUAGUUUUCACUCUCAGUACUAUGUGUCAUCCAGUAUUUCCGACCUCGAAUUCCGUGACGAUCACUUUGCAGCACAGUCAGCUGUUGGGGGAACGGCGCACAGAUGGGAUUCUGCCGAAAACACCUAUGGCCUUUCAGACGACACGAAGCUUCAGAAGAGCCCUCUGCGAAUCAGGGUCCGUGAUGCCCAUGUCAUCUGGAACCUAUUCGAUGGAUGUGGAGAGAAAGGCUACGGACCGGCGAGCAAGGGCGAAUCGACCUCCCCAAGUUUCGACGAGGAUGAGGAGUCAGUCAUCGGCGACUGUCUGUUUAACUCAAUAUAUAUAGGUAUCCCUGCUAAUAAGGAUCCACGAGAGCUUCGCAGCGAUAUCAACCGCAACAUUGAUGAUCUUGUCAGUGAGACUGGCAGCUAUGCAACUACAACCACAGUCACGGGAGCUACGGUACGACAAAGCCAGUCGCCUUCCUUCAGAAAGAAGCUGCGGCUGUCCAGAAGCAAGUAUCAUAAAAUGACCUUUGAGCUCAAAGGUAUAUGCGCAGAUCUUGUCGUCUUCCCGCCGGACUCCGGCGAGACGCAAAGUUCCUUGGAUGUUCGAGUCAAUGACUUGGAGAUAUUCGACCAUGUGCCUACUUCAACCUGGAAGAAAUUUGCGACCUACAUGCAUGAAGUGGGUGAGAAAGAAAGUGGAACCAGUAUGGUGCACUUAGAGAUCUUGACCGUCAGGCCUGUGCCUGAGCUCGCUGCGUCCGAGAUUGUCUUAAAGGCCACUCUUCUACCCCUAAGGCUUCAUGUUGAUCAAGAUGCUCUCGACUUUCUGUGCCGUUUCUUCGAAUUUCGAGAUGACUCUGCGCCCGCCCCUAGUGCCCCGCAAGACAUACCAUUUUUACAGAGAGUGGAAAUAAACGCUGUCCCUGUCAGACUGGACUUCAAACCCAAGCGAGUCGAUUAUAACGGGCUUCGAUCCGGACGCACGACCGAGUUUAUGAAUUUCUUUGUUCUAGACGGAGCAGAUAUGGUCAUGCGCCAUGUCAUCAUCUAUGGAGUAUCUGGGUUUGACAAACUUGGCCAGACCUUGAAUGAUAUAUGGAUGCCAGAUAUAAAAAGAAAUCAACUACCGGGGGUUCUUGCCGGCCUUGCGCCGAUUAGAUCCCUGGUCAACGUGGGGGGAGGUGUGAAGGAUCUCGUAGUCGUUCCCAUGCGCGAGUAUCGCAAGGACGGUCGCAUUGUACGGAGCAUACAGAAGGGGGCACUCGCCUUCGCCAAGACUACAUCCAACGAGCUCGUCAAACUUGGGGCAAAACUCGCCAUUGGCACCCAAACCGUCCUGCAGGGCGCAGAGGAUCUGUUGACAUCCCCCAAUGCGCAGUUGGCUAGCGCGGAGGAAGAUGUAGCGGAUGAGGAGGAAGCGAAAAAGAUCUCCCUCUAUGCGGACCAGCCCGUUGGUGUCGUUCAAGGCCUUCGCGGAGCAUUUAGGGGAUUAGAACGCGAUUUGCUCCUGACUCGAGAUGCCAUCGUUGCUGUCCCUGGAGAAGUCGUCGAGAGCGGAAGUGCCAAAGCAGCUGCAAAAGCUGUGUGGAAACGUGCGCCAACGGUUAUCCUCCGUCCUGCGAUCGGGGUAUCCAAGGCCGUGGGACAGACGCUUCUGGGGGCGGGAAACACUCUGGAUCCCAGCAACAGGCGGAAGAUGGAAGAUAAAUAUAAACGUCAUUAG